AUGGCUCCAGUCACACCCUCUCCCAGGCUCUCGAGGAUAUCCCUCGCCUGCCUUUUCCUAUCCCUCAUCCCCACGGCACACGCGUCCAGUCUCUUCCUCCGCCAAGCAGAAACAUGUGGAGGGAGCGCAGGCCUCCAACAGUGCGGAUCCGACUUCCCUUCCUCUUUCUGCUGCCCCAAAGACUCAACCUGCAUGUCUCUCAACGGCGGAGACAUACAAUCAGUCAUCUGCUGUCCGUCCGGCUCGGACUGCGCCUACAUCCAGCCCACCACCUGCGACACCACGCAGCUGAACGCGACGCUCCAUCCCGACAACCAGAUGCAUCUCUCAGAGACCGACGGCAUUGACCUGCCCAAAUGCGGCGACAAGUGCUGUUCGUUGGGCUACACGUGCCAGGGCACUAUGUGCGCCAAGGACACCUCGCCAUCGUCAUCGCCGUCCCCAACGUCAACCGCAAACCCGACACCCUCCUCCACCAGCCCGGCGUCCGCCUCCCAAACCUCCGACUGCUCAGCCACCGCACCCGUCCAAACCAAGCAGGGCUUCGACGGCCGGUCCUUCGCAGCUGGCUUCUUCCCCGGCAUAGUCAUCGGCGCCCUCAGCACCCUCGCCCUGAUCUGGAUCAUCAAGAAAAGGCGCGAGUCACAAUCUAAAGAGCGCUACUCCGGCGACUUCGGCCAUGUAGCACGCCAAAUCAGCGACCCAAUCUACGACCCCCAGCACGCCGCCCGGACCGACUUCAUGCGCCGGGGCAGCCACUCCGCGCAUUCGAGCCCCAACUCCACCGACCGAAUCGUCCGAGGCAUGAAGGAAACAAACGCCAACCCGCCCGUCCACGGCUUUACCCCCAGGAUAAAAAGCAUGUGGGACCGUACCCCCAAACUGAAUUUUGGCUUCACGGGCGGUCUCCCAGCAAACCCUGCACCUCUCCACCCUCCUCCCGUGCGCGCAGGGAACUACACAGAUCCGUACCAGACCCCGCCUCCCAAGCCCAAACGCAUUCAUUCUGCUAGUCGGCGCUCGAGUUCCCUCCGUACCAGCACGCAGACAUUCAACACACAGCAAGGGCAACAGCGUCCGAAUGUCGCGCGCAGCGGCAGUUCGGAGACCAUUGAUGUCUUGAUGCCAGCACCGAGUUUCCUGGCGCCUCCACAGGCACCUGGUAUGCGGCGCGACAAUCGCUUCACGGCAGACUCGGCGAACACUACGUUCACGAAGCUCAUGGAGCGGGCCGGGUUUGAUGAAGGUGGGCGCCAGGAGGUGAGGGAGUGGAGGACGCCUAGAGUGUAG